AUGGUUACUGAUAACCUGCCUCGCCUGAUAUUACUUUUUGUUUUCAAUUAUGGAGCUCAAGUGGUUGUUUGAACCUCUGCUUCUCGUUUCAGUAGAUUUUCUUCUGGGCUCGAUCAGCUUCUGUUGUCAGAUCGCCUUUUUCUCAACGUAUUUAAUUGCGACAAAUUACGAUUUAGCCGGGACUGGAAUAUGGGCUGGGAUCAUUUUUAUAGCUACAGCUGCUGUUACAUGGAAAAUGGAUGGGAAAAUAAAUAAAUUCGUUCUUGGAAUUGGCCCUUGUCUAUCCUUCGCAUGCGGAGUUAUUUUGUUCAGUCUAAACGUUGCGUCACUAAGUCAGCUUACGAAGAUGUGUCCACUUGCAGCUCCAAUUGGAAACGCUAAGUAUCACUGCUCAGCUGAAAUAGGACUGGACGUUGUACUAAUGUUAUGCGGUUUAUUUGCCAUACCCGUUAAUGCUAUCCUGAUUCUUUUUUUAUUGAAUCUGGUCAAAUCAAAUUAAACACAUUUGAAACACUG